AUGUCGCGGGAACACACAGCCAACAGCUUCGCGUCUUUUGGGUCCGAUUUCGACCCAGAACACGAAGCAAUUGCAUCAACCAGAGAAUUUGACGAGAGCCCACGACUUCCCAAGAUGAACGGCGCGUCAAGGAAGCUGCCACAGGUCGACGAAGAAGAUGAACCAGAUUACGUCUUCAACACCUCCACAUUCGAACAAUAUCUUCCCAACUUCUCGCCGAUAGGAACAUCCGAGGAGGAAGACGACAACGACAUCGACGACGAUAUCUCUAUUGAGGCAGGCCGAGGCCCGUCCAACCCCCCUCGCCGGCUAGAUGACUCUCGGAAUUCAUGGAUGAGCAUGGAAAACAGCGUCCGCUCCUCCUCCCCCGCUGUCAGACUCGACGUUCCCACGCCCCAGAAAUCAGCCGUUCGCAAUACGUCUCGACGUGCGGUUAGCGAGAAUCUCCGAAAGGAUGCGCAGCUGAGACAGGCGAGUCUCGCUCACAAGGAAAAUAUCGAUCCCAAUCCGCCAAAGCCCAGUCGAAAAGAACGACGAACUUUGUCUGAGAUCCACGACAAGGUUCGCGAUUCAUAUGAAGGUUCUUUUCUUGAAGAUGAACGUCCAUCACCGGCUAAGACCAGCACUGCACGUCCCACUCGGUUUGGAAACGUGAAUCUAUCCCAUCAGAUUGCCGAUGCCGUUGAACGGGCGUCCCAUGAAGCAUAUGGGAAAGACGCCCGCCGGGGCAAGGCACGUGCAUCCGCCAAUGUUGGAGGCGAUACAGGCACUCAACAAUCCUUUCUCCUGCCCGACUUGCCUAACCUCUCGGAUCUUGUCUCGGGGGUUUAUGAAGAUGGAACCCCGGUGUAUACGCGACAGCCGAAAACACGGACCACGCGGUUUGUCUCACCUCCAGUCGAUACCACAAAUGCUUCCUUGAGCCGUGAACAUAUGCCUCUUGAUGCACUUCCAAUUCCAGAAGACGAGAAGGCCUUAUUUGUGUCUUUGAGACUCCUCCAGGACAAGGUCUCUGAGCUCGAAAGGGUCAAGGGCGAUACUGAAAAGAAGAUGGAAGACUUGCGCCAGGAAAAUAACUUCCUGAAAGGAGGCAAGUCCCGUGGUAAGCGCUACGAGCUCGAACAGAACGACUACAAAAAGGAUCGAUUGAUCAACGAAAAUCAGAAAUUGGAGUCGACAAACUUGGCACUUCAAAACAAGGUGGAUCUUCUUGAGCGCAAGACCGACAUACAAGAGGCGGCAUUGAAGAAGCUGAACAAGGAGCGUGAUAUGGCCGUCUCUCAACUCGGCGUGGCUUAUCUGGAGUCUCAAGAUCUAAAGAGUGAAAACGAAGCCCUGCAGCAGGAGCUCACAGAGCUUAAGGCUCGGUUUGCCCAGCUCUUCCCGGCCGGAUCACGGAAACAAGAGGACACCGCACAGUCUGAGCAAAGCACCGCCAGCGAUGCCAGUGCAGAAGAUAGCCAACUCAGUACCCGACAAAGCACCACCAAGGACGCCACCGCUAAAAGUACGCGUUCGAAGUCAAAGAGUGGCCGCAAGGAGGAUUCCAAGUCUAGAGUCUCGAACCAAGUUGAUAGAGAAAUUUCUCGUCUGGAGAGGGAACGUGCUGAUGACGCUCUAUUCUCGAUCGAACUGCCACGGGUAAGAGAAUCAUCUGGCUCGAAGAAGCAGAAGAGCACACGACCUCGGGCAACCAGCUCCCAAGGCAGGAGGCAGUCGAGCAGCGGAAAACGUGUCAAGAGGGUUGUGGUGGAAGAAGUCGAGGUUACUGACCCGGUCGACACAACUGCUGAGGCAACCGGACACACUCGCAAGUCAUCCGCCACAGAGCAGGACAUAACUUUGUUGAGCUUCAUCGAUGAACGUGAGAUUGCGCAGCUAAGAAAGACGCUUGAAGAGGAACGGCUGGCCCGCAAACGUCGUCAAUCGAACCCGGCUACUGAACACACUGUGGGUGAGACUGACAAUCUAACUCGUCAGAGUGCACUAAAGCCUGCUCCUCGGAAGUCUUCAAUGAAGGAGACAAAAGCCCCGAUACCUCGACCUGCUUCCGCUCUUGGUGAUGUGACUGCCACCUCAAGGGUCACCCUACCGGAAGGGGACAGCCACCUGUCAAUCCCCGCUGAACGCCCAAGACGACACUCGGACCAUUCGACCGCGUCUGUAGCUCAGCGACGACGGCGCCGGAUUGCCGAGGAAAUGACAUCUGCUUUCAUCCUACCCGACAUCACACUCCGACACGCUGACUUGCCUGAGAACCUCACCAAGCUCCCCGAGUCGACCCAGCGAGUACUCAACCGGGCCACACAGCAUAAUGGAAAGAAUUGUACCGUAUGCAAACAGUCCAUUCCCGGAGAGGGUUGCGAGCACACCAACGACGCUGUCAAGAUCCCCAAACCCACCCCAGUCUCCGAGCGAAUGCCAGAGCCAUCUGUCUACAAUGAAGAACCCACCCUGCGACCUGCACAGUCGCCAGCAGUGGCCCUUGCUACCGUACUCAAGGCGUUAGAAGAUGAGUUGUCGCAUUUGCGAAUGCAGCUCAUCUCCUACCAAAGCGCGUACAAUAAGAUGGAUGCGUCUAUUAGCAAACGCCAGAGAAAGGCCCUUGGCGAGAAGAUUGAGAAGCUGCUGAAAGACAUCGAUAUGAAGGCCGAUCAAAUAUACGCACUUUAUGACGUCCUUGAGGACCAGAGACAUCGCAGGCAGGAAAUGACCGAGCAAGAGAUCGAGGUGACGCUUCAAUCCAUCGGCAUUGACGCCAACCCCAAAAUGGGCGAUGUUACCGGCACGACCGACAAAUCUUCUCGAAAGGACGGAACAGAGUACGAUGUAGACGAUGAUGAUUCAGAACUCCCAUGGGAAGGGAUUGAAAGCACAGCGGAGAUGACCGGAGGAAGUCGGCAUAACUAG